GUGACAGUACUGAACUCGACUGAACUAGGAGAGGUGGACUUUUGGUUCUAUGCAGAUUAAUACGACAGUUUGUUCCUGAAUAUAUCAGAUAAAUGCGUUAUUGUACUUUCACGGUGAUAAUGACAUGACUUGUAAAACGACGUUGGCUUUGGCUGAUUUAACCUUAGACAUAUGGUUGUAAUCUCGCAGUCUAUUUAGCCAGCUAGAUAGCAUAACAUCAACCUACCACCGACAGCUAUAUCGGACGUUUGUGCGUUUCUCUCUACUUUCUUCAAAUAAGUACAGCACUUUAUCACAAUGAUAUCAGAAGGCAGUUCCUUCAUAAAGGGCAUGGUGCUGGGAGCUGUAUUUUGCUUGUUGCUUGCCAUAAUGGGGAGCUUCAGCCCGAUUCAGCCCAGCUCUCCAGAUGCUGAAGAGGAGCACCACCACCACCACGUCAUCGCCCCGAGCAACAAGGACAUGCAGCUGCUGAGCGAUGCACAGAUGCUGGAACUCAGCCAGAAGGUGCGGGUGUACUGUGUCAUCAUGGUCACACCCAAGGUCCUGGUUCACUGGGCGGCAGCCAAUGAGACCUGGGCGAAGCAUUGUGAUAAGACGGCCUACUACAGCUCAGAAUCCUCCAAAGCGCUGGAGGCCAUUGAUCUUCAGGAGCAGGAUGAGUGGGCAAGGAUCCGAAAGGCCCUGAGGCACGCGUACGAGAAUGCUGGGAAUCUGCGCUGGUUCUUCAUGGCUCGCCCUACCACAUUUGCCAUCAUCGAGAACCUGAAAUAUCUGAUUCUUGACAAGGACCCCUCUCAGCCGUUCUACCUGGGGCGCUCGCAGAACUCCGGGGAGCUGGAGUACGUGGAGUACGAGAGCGGCAUCGCGUUCAGCUACGAGGCGCUGCGGCGGCUGAUGGAGGUGUUGAAGAACGACGACCUCUGCCCAGAGCGGGGUCGCGCCCUCUGGAAGGUCAGCGAGGAGAAGCAGCUGGCCAUCUGCCUCAAGUACGCCGGCGUGUUCGCCGAGAACGGGGAGGACGCCCACGGCGUGAGCCUCUUCAACAGCCAGAGCAUCAACGCCCUCAUCACGGAGAGCAUCGCGCAGCACCCCGAAAAAGUGCUGGAGAGCUGCUGCUCAGACAUGGCCGUCAGCUUCAGCGGCAUGUCGCCCAGCCAGAUGCAGGUCAUGAUGUACGGCGUCUACAGGCUCCGGCCGUAUGGACACGACUUCCACGACUCGAUGAUAUUUCUGCCUCCCAAGGGCUCAGAUAAUGACUGAUUCAUGUUAUUUUAUCUUCAGACGUGUGAUAGAAAAUAAGACAGGCCCUGUGACAUUAGGCCUGAAUGCUGUAGAGCCAUGAGGGAUUGUUACACACAUCGUGAUGGGAUGCAGUCAGAUUGCAGAUUGAGUGUUGCACCCACACUGAUCAACUGGUGGGAUUGUUUGGGGAAUGUAUAAUAUUGUAACAUUUGGAGGUUGGGGAAAAAAAUGGAGUUCUUCAUACCAAAUUAAAGGGACCAAUAUGAGAAUGGGUCGGGAGUGGGCAAAUCCUAUAUCUAAAGUACUUUUAUUUCUGUAAUUAUUUUAUCAUCAGCGCGUUUUCAUAUUGCCCUUUGAAACGACUUCAUUAAGGCUUACUCAGCACCCUUAGUACUGAAACUGAGGCACAUAACCCUUGUCAUUUAUAUGUGCAAAACCUGUGAACUUUUCAGCAUUCAUGACACUGUAACAAGGUCUGUGAUAUCACCUGUGAUUUGAUAAAUUAUUUGUAGAGAGACAAAUUACAACAAUUAUAAUUACCUGAAACUGCACAACUUGAUCUUUAAUAUUUACACAAGGAAGUAUUGUUAAAUGAGAAUAUGUCAGGACAAUGAAGACCUUUCCAGGUUACCAUAAUGUUGAUAAUAAUGAAUUAUAUAUUUUGUUUAUUCCAAACAUAUUGAUUGUUUUUUUUUUUUUUACAUAAUGUCACUCGUCUUAUUGUCAAGUUUCCCUUUUAAUACGCAAUAUAGUUUGGUGGUAUGUAAAAGGGAUAGAACUCACCAACAGGCAGAUAUUUAAACUGCUAUGACUUAAAAACAACAACAACGCAUUAGGGGUGUACAGUGUUCUGCAUAAUGAUCACCUGUUGCUAGUCACCAGUCACUCUCAUAACAAAACACAUAGUCCCAACAAAAUUGCUGAACUAGGCUGUUCAGAUACAUUUAGAUGUACAAAUAUUCUAGUGUUUUUUGAACAUUACCUUAACAAUGAUUGAGUGAAAUGAACGCCUUUUUAAACUGGAAUUACUUGAUCAAUGUAACUUACAGCAGUGGGAUGAGUUUACAAUCAAUAGGAGUCUUGACUUUGUUGUUCAUUGACAGUUAUAUUUUCAUUAUCAUGAGCCACUCUUUCCCAAACAUUGUGCAUGUCACCAAGCUGUUUUUCUAAAGUAGGGUAAUUGGGUUUUGUAGUCACAUCUGACCAUAACUUUCCAGUGAUAAUGGCACAUACAUUACCUGUUGCAUCACCACAUAGGUCAAGCUAAAUACACAUAAUUCAGAGGCACAUGCUGUGAAAUUGCAGAAUGUAAGUAAUAAGUGCAAGGUUGUGCUGUGGAAAAAGUCCCAUAGACCAAAGACUGUGCACCCAUCACCAGCUCUUACACAAAACCUAACCCUUCCUGGAAAAGAAAAAUCAUUGGUCGAACAGUAAAUGUGAGGGAUUAUUUAUAAUGACUUUCUUAUGGUUUUUAAAGUAUGUGCUACAGAAAGAGAAAUAUGGUCACACUUACUGCAGUAUCUGUACAAAGUUUGAUAAUAAACCCUGUGAUAAUUCAAGUGUUUCUUGAUUUUGCGGCUU